GGAGCGCACCAGUCCUCUCCCUGACGAACCAAAGGGAUGGGGGGCUUCAGCCGCAGCUGAGCUCCGCACGCCUGGACCAGGGGGAGCGAGGGGCCACAGCAGCUUUCUGCCCCCACUUGGGUGACUUUUUGCUGGAUUUCUGAGCCACCCCCCCCCCUCCUCAGCCUCCUCUACACAACAACAUGCCAUUUGCCAAAAGAGCCGUGAAGCCGCAGUCACUGUGCCGGUAUCGGAGCCCGGGCGAGGUGGUGGAGCAGCAGCAGCAGGAGGAGGAGGGUCUGCUGUUCGAUGAUCUGGUCUCCAUCAGUAACGUGGCUCUGUCCCGGACCCUGCGCCAGCUGUCGGACCUGGCCAGACACGCCUGCUCCGUUUUCCAGGAGCUGGAGAGCGACCUGGCGUCCACCAGCCAGCGGGUCAGGGGGCUCCAGGGGAAGAUAGCCCAACUCCAGCAGUGCUGCUCCCAGCUGGACCCCAGACAGGAGGCAGUGCCGGUGUCUGACCUGGACGUGGAGAGUAAGCUGACGGCACACUUCAGAGCGCCGUGGCGCCUCCAGAGGAAUGUUCUGCACCCCUCCACUCGGCCAGCAUGUGUGGAAGAGCUGCACAGGCAGGCCAACCACAGCCUGUGGUCACUGAACCAAGAUCACCAGAGGAGGGAGCGCAGAGUGACCAUCUCAGCCCUGCCCCCUAUGCCCAUGUACCCCUCCCCUCUCAUCGAGCCGACGCAAGACGGUCGGGGCAAAAGUCUAACAACGCCAGAGAGACGUGUUAGAGAUGCAUCCACUCAGUUAGCCGAGGCUCAGGCUGCGCCUACUGACCCCGACACUGACGGGGUGGCUCUAGGUCACCGGUCUAAGUUUCCCAUCCCUAACAUCCCCUCCACCCUGGACAAGCAGACUAACUGGUCUAGAGCUCUGCCGCUGCCCACCCCAGAGGAGAGAAUGAAAUGCAAUUCCCAAGUCAUCGCCUCAUGCGUCAUUCCUAUUAAUGUGACCGGGCUCGGCUUUGACAGAGAUGCUAGUGUGCGCUGCUCACUCGUUCACUCGCAGUCUUUGCUUCAGAGGAGACGGAAGCUGAGGAGGCGGAGGACAGUCGCCGGUUUCCCCAGACAGGUGCAGCAGGAUUUUGACUCUGAUGACUCCCCUGGUUCCAGGGAGCGGACGGUCAUUGUUCACACCACUGCCGAUAUAACUCCUUCCACUGAGGAGCUGGCCAGCCAUCUGACCACCAGAGACUCGGGUUGCCAGACCGAAGACUUUUUGACGUCAGGAGCGCCGUGUCGGAGGAGGCUCCGGGUCCAGAGAGGUCAGGGCGUGUCACUCCUGCUCUCCCACUCGGCAGGCAACAUCUCCUGCCUGCCCGACAGCGCUGACCCCAUGUUCUCCAGUUCAGCGGAGGCCCGUUUGCGGUCGCGAAGUCUGCCCAGAGACAGCAGCAGGAUGAUGAUGAUCUUGAUGGACGAUGAGCGCAACGACAGCGACGAAGAGGAGGAGCUGGCACCCUUUGACUCCGAGGGUUUCCUUCCCGGGCGCAGAGAGAGGAUCCUGAAGGAGGAAGAGGAGAGCGCCGACGACCGUGCCGUGACAGAGCGACAGCUGGGGGCGCUGAAAUUUGCGCAACUGUCAGAGAGUCCAGAGUGCAGCUGGAUGGAGCGGACCGGCGCUCAGCUGCCCAGGAAAGCCGACAUGGGCAGCUGCGAGAUCUCGUCCAGUUCGGACACCUUCAGCAGCCCCGUUCACUCCGUCUCAGCGGCGGGAGUGCUGGGCAGCCAAUUGGACCAUAAGGAUGACCAUCAGUCUUCCAGCGGGAACUGGAGUGGCAGCAGCUCCACCUGCCCCUCCCAGACCUCAGAAACUAUCCCCCCCGCAGCGUCCCCUCCACUCACCGGCUCCUCGCACUGCGACUCUGAGUUGUCCCUCAAUGCCGCCACUCACACCGCCGAAGACCAGACCAGCUUCCUGCUGGACAACUACCAGGGCCUCAGAAGCCAGCGAGCCGGCUCCUUCUCCUCAGCAGCUAUGGAUAUAUUAGAGGAGGCGGGAGUGAGUACGCCCAUGGAGGGGGAGUGGGAUUUCCCCAACACACAACCGUCUUCCUCUCAGGGGUUCAGCCCUGAACCGGGCAGGGAGGCCGAGAGCAGCCUGGGCUGCCCCAGCUUCACCAGCAUGGCUACCUGCGAGAGCAGCUUCUCUGACAAGCCGCAUCAGAGAAAGCAGACCGUCUCUUACUACUCUGUGGACACCGAAGGGUACUACACCUCCAUGCACUUUGACUGCGGUUUAAAAGGCAGCAAAAGCUUCACCUACAACUAUGCAACCCCUGGUUCCGAUUACGGUUUGUCGGAGGUGAGCGGCCAGCUGACUAUGGGGAGACGCUGCCUCUCCUUGAAAAAGUCAAAGGCCAAGCCCUCCCCACCAAAGAGGAGUUCCUCCUUGAGGAAGAUAUGCAGUGAGGAACACAUCCCUGAAAAGAGAGAACCAAAGAUUACCGGUAUCUACAGACAUCCAGCGUCUCUGUCCUCUAAAGAGCGGAGAAUGCAGCUGGCUCUGUCUGGAUCGCAAGGACUCCUGGAGAACUCCUCACUAGUGCGAGAGCCCCUCGAGGUCUGGGCGAUGGAAGGCACGUCGGAUCUGACGGAUUUAGUUUUAAGCUCCAAAGACUCACAUUCCUUUAAGGACAACGGCAUUGUGCAGUCAGACUAUGCAGAUCUCUGGCUUCUAAACGAUUUGAAGUCCAGUGAUCCUUACCGAUCCUCAAACUCCAGCACAGCCACGGGUACGACUGUGAUCGAGUGCAUCAAGUCACAGGAGAGCUCCGAGUCCCAGACUUCCCAGUCUGGCUCCAGAGCCACCACCCCAUCACUUCCAUCAGUGGAGAGCGAGUUCAAGUUGACGUCUCCGGAGAAGCUGGCCGGACUGGCGAGCCCAUCGAGCGGCUACUCCAGUCAGUCUGAAACCCCCACCUCCUCAUUUCCCUCCACCUUCUUCCCUGGUCCUCUGUCCCCAGCAGCUGGGAAGAGGAAGCCCAAAGUCCCGAGGAAGUCGUCUCUUUCCUCUCUGUCUCUGCAGGCACGCUCAUCCAGAGACGUAGCGACCUCGAAGAAAGAUCUGGAGCUGCCGAUGAUUCCUCCUUCUCACCUCGACUUAAGUGCCCUUCACAGUUCAAGCAAUAAAGACUCGGCUUACGGGAAGCAGUUACCAAACCUUCUCCAGAUCAAGCAAAAAGAUGCACCAACUGCCAAAGCUGUCACAUCUCCAAACUUGGAGUCCUUCACUGCCCACACUCUGUCUAUAACACCCUCAGUUCUUCAAAAAGUGCAGCUGCGGUCCAUCAGCAAGCAGCCUGAAGACCUGCAUGAGAACAAAGCGGCCUCGAGACUCCAGUGUCUGUCUGAGAACUCAACCAGCAGUCGAUCGCUAGCUCUCACGAGUCCCUCACUGCACAAUUCUCAUAACCAUCAUGUUUUCAACGACUCAAUCCAUGCCUCAAAUGAAGAUCUUUCAAUGGCGAAAAGCAAGGGCACAGAGGUAUUAUCAGGAGCGACAGCUGUCGGACUGCGGUCAGAACCGUGUUUGGAGGGUUCAAACGUCCCCAAGACGUUGACUGUUCACGAAGCAGAGCAGCGCUCAGAGUCGCCGGUAACAGCCGUCUGCUGGAGUCUGUCUCACACGUACUCUUCGGGUCAGCAGCAGACCGAACCGGCCGAAGUGGAAACGUGUCCUUGCCCUCCAGUUUUACACAGCUCACCCAAGAGGUCCAACGGUGUGGACAAAGUUCCUGCAGCUGACAGUCCUCUGGAGACGUCAGGAGAGCUCCAUCAGCAGCGAAGGGAGAACGACUCAUCGGGGGUUUCAGCCGAAAGUGCCUCACCGGACAGGAAAGAGGAAUCCACAGAGGACGCAGACGAUUGCUUUAGCAAAGACUACACAGAAAGCGACAACUCUGCGUCGUCGCAGCUCGAGGUCAAGAAAGAGGAUGACAGUGUGUUUCUGUCACCCACCAAGUCCCGCACCACUGAGGAUCUGUUCGCCAUGAUUCACAGAUCCAAAAGGAAAGUGUUGGGGAGGAAAGACUCCACCGAGCUGGCUGCAAGGCCCCGCCUCAGCGCCUCAUCAGGCAACACCCCGCCACCCAGCAGCACCGUCACCUCCCCCGUCCCUGCGGCGUCCCCCUCCUCCUCCCCCGCUGUGACCCCGCCCGCCCCACACAGAGUCUUGGGGUCCAUCUACAGGAACGCAAAGAAGUCCAGCACCUCCAACGAGGAGUUCAAGCAGCUGCUGCUUAAAAAGGGGAGCCGCUCGGACUCCAGCUACCGCAUGUCGGCUGCUGAGAUCCUGAAGAGCCCCGUCACGCCGAAGUCGCCGGGAGACCUUCUGACCGAGUCGCCCAGACAGCCGGAGGAGGCCCCCUCCCCACUGCAGCAACUCCUGUUGGACCAAGAGCAGCUGUCCAGCCCGUACCCCAAAGCCAACGCAGAGAGCUUCUCUCCGAGACCCUUCCUCGCGUCUGCCGCAUCCAGGCAGGGCCGCUCGAGAGUCCCGCCGCCCGCCAGCAGCAGCCGCUACAGCGUGCGCAGCAGGCUGUACUCCACGCCCAUGCAGGCCAUCUCCGAGGGCGAGACGGAGAACUCGGACGGAAGCCCUCACGAUGACCGCUCCACGUAGGACACGGAGCACGGCGGAAAUAAAUCUAUACGUUUACAAAGACGACAGAUGGACCACCAUGAAAUAUCAUAUAUCAAACAUGCACAAGGCAGGGGAGCAGAUUAAAUCAUUUUAAUUGUUGACAAAAAUAAUAAAAGUCAAUCAGAUUCCUCGCAAAUUUUUGGGAUGAAUUUUAAAAAAAAAAAUUGUAUUUCAGUCCACAAAAUGUACCACUUUUUACAAACUAUUUUUUAAAAUAAAGCCCUGUUAUUAUAAAAUGCCUUUAUAAAAAAACCAAAAAAAUAAUAGAAACAUCCGAAACCCAAAUAUGCAUUCUGCCCAAUUUAACUCUUAAUGUUCAGAUUAUAGACGCACCGAUCGAAGUAUCCUAUAGUCUUUGUAAACCGUGCCAACACAGACUGUCUUCUACUGCGAUUUUUCUACCGAAUGGCUGUUUUUCAAUAAAGUUAGCACAACUAGGAUGACGUAGCUCUGCGUAUCCCUUGAUAGAUUUUUGCGAAAAGCUGCCAGCAUUUCAAAGUUUGCUCUAUGACUGGCAGAGGUGGAAAAACUCAGAGUUAAAACCAGAGCAACCUGGAUCCUGUUUAGCCUUCUUGCUCUCUGCAGACACGUCUCAACAUUAAAUAACUCCCCAUCUCAGCGAUUCACCUGAUGUCCCUAAUAAUGUGUUUGAACAGCUAAUGUUGAGCCUUCUUCUGACAGUGACAACUUCCACACCGAAGAGUGGUUGUCAGCGGGACGGGUCAGGGCUUACGUUUGAUUAUCGAUCGUCUCUAGUUGUACAGGGAUAUUUUGUUUGAAGACAGGUCAAGCCUUCGUCUCGGGACAGCACACGCGCUUCGUCUUUUCUGUUCUGUUGACAGAUUUAAAAAGAAAAAAAAAAAACAUAAUAGUUGACCUUCAUUUUGUAUCCUAUAGAUGCAGAUUUUUACCUUUUAUGUAUGUAUUCUGUGAAUACCUGUGCAAGAACAGACACAAAGCUUUCCUCAAGCCUCUUUAUCUUUCCCGCCAAUCGGCACGUCACAAUUAGCUUCAGAGGAAUUAUCCCUCAGUCUUUUCAUUCAUGUUGUCAGCAACAGCAGUUAGAAUACUUUAACUCCAGACAAGGACCUAAAUGACGUAAGGCAGCUACUUGUUAAUAAUA